CGCUCCCAGGCAAUGGCGCGGUGGAGGCGGCGAGGAGGAGGAGGAGGAGGAAGAAGAAGAAGAGUCGCGGGUCCGGGAUGGUAGUGCAGCAGAUGAAGUAACAGUGGUGAGAGGGAAGAGUAUGGCUAUCUUUGAUAAACCAAAGGAGGCAUUUAUUGCCUUGCGUCCAAUUUGUGUUCUUAUUACUAAGGAGCAGACUGUUGAAAACAUUCAGUGCCUUCAAUCUCAGCUGCAGAACAUUGGAAAUGGGGCUUUACAGGAACUGCAGGAAUAUGUAUUGUUUCCUAUGAGAUUUUCACUGAAGACCCCUGGACGAAAGCAGGAACGAUUUGUGCAGAGUGUGGUGGAAUGCAUCAGCUUCAUUAUUUCAAGAACACGUGUGAAAAAGCAGCAACUCUUUCAUGAACUGUUCUCGGAAAUAUCUCUUUGUUUGUCCAAUCCUGGCAACCAUGGAAAGUUGGCCAAUGUUUCAGAAGAACUCAAAAUGUCUGUAGUCCAAGGACUAGAUGUCCUGCUUCAUUCAGCAUAUGGGGACGUAAUCUUAUGCAUUUACCAGGUAGAAAUGAUUCCUGUCCUAGGAUUGGUUAUUUCAUUGCUUUUAGAGAUAGCUGAAAAUGAAAAAUUAAGACAGCUACAGGUCAAUGCUAUGAAGUGUUUGCUGCUCUUGAUUGGACAAUGUGACUGCCCAGAUUCACAUUUCUCUUUUAAUAUUGAUGACUUGGUUCUUGUCGGCGACUCCUUCGCCACAUUUUUGCCUGGGAUCAGUUUAGCAAUGUCGCGCAUUAUUUCUGGAGAUGUUAAACAGGGUCACUUAGUAACAAUCUAUGCCAUCAAGGUUUGGUACAAGACAGUGGGUUUAGUUAUGGCAGAUGAGCAUCUUGUUAAGGACACUUGUGGCAAAAAAAUGCUAAGCACAGAACAGAGCAAACUGGCUAAACUUAUAGUCAAUAGAACACCUGAAUGGGUGAAGAGCACUGGAAGUAAACUGGAUAUUCUCCUGGAGAAAAUAUGCAACUGUACUGCUAGCAACAUGCAUUGGAAAACGAGGCUAGAAUUGAUUGAACUGGUUAACCAUUUGUUGCCACGUUGCAAUAAAUCAUUUAAGGAAUCCAUUGGCCGUCUUCUAGAAGUUCUGGUUGGUUUAAUUGGCGAUGAGAGGCCUGAGGUGCAAACUAGAUGCAGCCAGGUUUUGAGAAGCGUCUCGGAAAAAUGCAUAAUGAGUGAAAACAAGGCUUUCGCUGACGUGCUGUCGGAGAACUUGCACUCACUUACAACAUCUCUUCCAAGACUCAUGAGGACACUGGAUGAUCAGGGAAAACUCAGUACAUUGAGAUUAUUGCUGGGUUACUUAAAGUUAUUGGGCUACAAGAUCAACGUUGUUCUGAAUUCAACUGCGCAUCUCGGACGUCUUUCGAAAGCCCUAUUGCAGAUCUUAGAGAUGGAUGUGACUGAUGUGAGAAUAGUGGAAGAAAGGCGCGUAGCUUCUGAAGUGGAGCCUCUGCAAAGUCCUACAGAGUUGUCUAAUUCCAACUGCCUAACAAAAUGGAUAAAGCCUGCUACACAGAGAAAGUAUUUCAAGUAUUUUAACGCUGAACACAUUUUUGCUUUGCUUCAGCAGAUCUGCAGGGUGCUUGGGUACUAUGGCAAUCUGUAUCUACUUGUGGACCAUUUCAUGGAACUUUACCAAGAGUCUGUGGUAUACAGGAAACAAGCUGCAUUUGUGAUCAAUGAACUGUUAUUUGGGGCAAUAGGAAUAGAUGUGGAAGUCUUGAGUGAAAGAGAAACAUCGGUUAGCAUAGAUGACUUAAAGGCAAUUGUGACAUCUAUUAUCGAAGAGUAUACAAGCAUAGAGAAUUGGCAUUUGGUAACUAGCAUGAAUUCAGAAUGUGAAACUAGUUUGAAAACAAAUCAGCCCAGAUUGGAGGAUUUUGCAAGCGGAUCCCACAGUAGUUACCUGUGUUCAACAAGUCAAAACCUAACUGUCCAAGAUAUGAACAGUAAUAUCUGGCAAAUCUGCAUCCAACUCGAAGGAAUUGGCUACUUUGCACAUGUGUUAAAAACAGAGUUCCGACUACUUUUAAUGAUCACUCUCUACCCAGUACUAGAAAAGGCUGGAGAUGAGACUCUCUUCAUUAGUCAAACAGCCGCAAGGACAUUAGUUGAGCUAUGCCAAGCUUGCGACUAUGAAUCACUUCAGGAACUGAUAAACCAGAACUCCGACUAUCUAGUGAACACCAUUUCUCUCAAUCUGAGAAGACUAACUCAGCACCCUCACACACCCUGUGUUCUCAGUGUGAUGUUCAGCCACUCUGAUGCCAGCCUUCUGCCUCUGGUUGGAGAUGUGAUACAGGAUGUAUUGUUCUCUCUUGAUCAGUACUACGGUGAAAGGGCUGAGCUGUUUUUUACAGUCUUCCAUUCACUAUUGGCAGCUCUAGCUCACUGGUUUGGAACUAAGGAUUCUUCCCAGAACAGAGAGCCUCGUGAUAAGGACAGUGCUGCUAUUGCCAAGAAUUGCAGCUCCAGUACUACAGUAGAAAAUAUGCAAUGCUUUUUCGUGGAAUAUCAAAAACAGAAACGUCUGGCAGAAGGGAUUGUGGAUGAGGCAGAUCUUGAGAAUACAGCUUGUGAAAUCCCUGAAGCUGACAACAGUGACGACUGCCUCGAUGUAAAGAAAGAACUAUCAGCCCAUGUUCAGAUCACCAAGGACGUGAUGGAGAGAUGCAUUCACCUCUUGUCAGAUAAAAGCAUCAAACUGCGCAUAAAGGUACUGGAUGUUCUGGAACUCUGUGUGACUGUUCUGCAGAGUAAUGAGAACGAGCUGCUUCCAAUGGUGCACCGUGUUUGGAGCCCACUUGUUCAGAGACUGACCAAUGACGAUCCUCUGGUGGUUCUCAGAGCAUUCAAGGUACUGUGUAAGAUUGGUGAUGCCUGUGGCAAAUUCCUGACUAGCCGCAUCUCCAAAGAUGUAUUACCAAAGUUAAGCAAGUCCUUAGUGAACCAGGCCCCAGUCAGUGCCAAGGCUGGGCCUAUUUAUAGCCACACUCUUUCCUACAAGUUACAGUUUACAGUGCUUCAGAGCCUGGGGACUCUUUGUGAGAAACUGGAUCUUGCUGAAAGUGACCUGGAUAUUGUGAUCAGCACCUGUCUGCCAUACCUGAGCAGUAGACAGCCCUUGAAACUCCAGGAAGCAGCGUGCAGUGUUUUUCACCAUUUGAUUGAAGUCGAUCCUGAUGCUGUAUGGCUUGCAUUGAAUGAAGCUUACUGUCCAUGCACCUACGAUCCGCCACACCCCAGCCUGUUGCCCAUCCGACUUAGUGGAACGGGAAAGCAAAGGAAUGAAUUCACAGAUAAUAUUCUUCAGCUUCUGCAGAGAUUGCAGUGAAGCAGGGUCUGUAUGGUACUUGGAAAGUAUAAAUAUCCAAACUUCCCUUGUGCGGAGUGCUGAAACUGGCAGCUCUGCAGAGAUGUGAGUUGAGCUAAAGGCAAGUACUUCUCUUCCUCACAGGGCAUAGAGUAUCCUCUUGUACAUCUACUGGCACAGGCCUGGGAGGUUACCUAUUCUUGGUCGCAGAUGGAACAAAAGAAGGGAUAGAGCAGAAAAAGCUUUUGGAAUGAGCAUCCAGGGCCUUGGGACGUCCUCCUGACGUGGAAGGCGCUAUACAAAUAUAAUUUUGUAUUGUAUCGCCUCGCCCUCAAACAACCAUCAAUAGAAGCAGCUACUGUAGCUGGGUGUGGAACAUGCGGUGAGGUCUGUAACUGAAACUCACAGUUGUGAUUUAAGAUGGGAAAUGAAACUAUUACUUUGUUGUAUUUUAUAAAAGCUGCCUAUGUACGUUCCCAAAGUUAAGGCCAUGACUGGCCAGCAGAAUAGCCACAGGUCUCAUUCUAGCUUUCACUGGGAGCUGUUCUGUGGUUAAUGGGAGUGGAGCUGAUGUGAAGACCGGGUCAAACACCUUUUAAUCUCUUUUUUUCUUAAAUAUUUGUAAUGCUGCUUUCCCCUACCCCCUUCAAAUUGUAAAACACAAAUCAGUUUUCUGGAAUACUGCUACCGGAUGAAGUCAUGCUGAUGUUCAUUCAGCUGUGGCUGGUAAUCUUUGCCUGCAGCAGAAAACCAUCAGUUUGUAAAUUCUUUAUGUUGGAGGAAAGUGUAGUUAUUGCUUAAUUGUUAAUAGCUGCUCAGGAGAGUUUUUUACAUUAAUGAAGCAUACUAUUAUAGGUAAAUACAGUGCCAUUGCAAUGUAGUUUUUUUUCAAUAUGAACUCUACCAUUGUGGCGUGAACAGAAUAAAAAUGUAUCCUUGAAAGGAUUAAUAAUAAAAUCACCAAAGGCA